AUUUAAUGUAUUAUCCUUAACACUUCUACCCAUAAGUAUAUCCAUAAUACAGAUACCCUCCCUAUGGUGUACUUCCACAAAUACCAUAGCAAUGGAGACCUCCUGUUUAAUAUGCUCCAUAAUACGGUUACUCUGGUAUUAGAUAUGCCCCCCCAUCUUAUCCAUACAAUCCAUAUGCCUCGACCAUCAUCCCUUAAGCCUAUCAACCCUAGCCAAUGAUGAGUCAAAUUAUGGCUUCGCCUCAAAGAACAUUCCAAUCUCCAGAUAGAUUGAAGGCAGCACAAUCACCCCAAAGAAAUGUGCUCAUGCAAUCUCAAUAGGUUCCCAGAUCACCUGCUCCAAAACUGUAGUCACCUUAAAGGUAGUUUCUGACUCUAGAAUAAGUUUAAGAGAGAUUGAGAAAUGCUUAGCAACCUCAAGUUUAAAAACCAUAACAGCCACAUAAGAGUAAGUUCAAAUUUGAUUUUCGUAGAUGCUCAUCCUCCUUAGCCUAAUUACGAAAAGCAAAAAUCUCCCCCUCCUCAGAAAAAACCCUAAGUUCCAUUAUCUCAACCAGAAGAGGAUUUAGACAAGAGAUAUUAGAAUGCUCUCAAAAGCACAGAAGAAAUCAUCAAAAAAUAUAAGAUGGACGAUUCUGGUAGCAAAGGUCGCUAAACCAACCAAGCCAAUGAACCUUAAGCCGAAGAGGAAGAUGAAAAUAUUCAAGGUAUUUAAAUUCAAAUUAUUCUAGAAUUGGCAUUACAAUAUGAAGAUGGAUAUAUUUAUAGAGGAUAAGGAUAUCCCCCUUAAACUAGAAAUGGAUUUGGCAUUUUGACAGAUGCUGAUGGGAAAUAAGUUUAUGCAGGCUAUUGGAAAGAUAAUCUUUAUGAGGGUCAAGGAAGAUUGACUAAUCUUCAAACUGAAGAAUUGAAUGAACCAAUUGAUUGGAACAAUAUGACUACUAUUGGCAAUGGAUGGGCUUCAUAUGAAGGUAGAUAAUAAGUAUACUAAUCUUUUAAGGUAACUUUUUGUAAGGAAAAAUGCAUGGACAAGGAACACUCAUUCUUACAAAUCAAGAGCAAUAUUUUGGUGAGUUCGAAGAAGGCAUGGUACAUGGAGAAGGAGAAUUUACAACUGCUGAUGGAUAAGUUAUUAAGGGUAAAUGGGAUCAAGGAUACUUAAUUUAAUUAUCAGAAUAAGAUUGA